AUGGUGCGCCUUGGCCUUGCGGCCAAACAAGCACCGGAACGAGUACUCCGAGUCAACCCACUAUUCAAUCUCAGUUGCCGCGCCUACAAGCGGGAUAGCAGAUUUUCUAUUUUCAAGCACAGCUUGUCCUCCCUCAAAGUCGAUUCCCUCAAGUCGUCAGACUUCGUAGAUCUAUCCAAUGGCAGCAAGCUAUCUCUUCAUUUCUCCAGAGACCUCCCCCCACUCUCUCUUAUGUACGACACAGCGUUUACCCCAUUUCCCAGCAACGCGCGAGGUUUUCUGUACUACCAUGUACCUCCCCCAUCCUCGCCAUUAGCUGGAGCAAUACGUCUUCGUAUCGAUUCAGAUGGCGCGGCUGGGAAUGACCUUCUUCUUCCAAAUGGCCUCCCCUGGCAAGUUGGACUCCCAACGCUCGUCAAGCAUGAACACGGUCGAGGAGCUUUGGCGCUCCUUUUAUCGGAGGGUCUCGUAGAUGCGGAGACUGUCGAGAACUGUCGCGCCGUAUUUUCUGGUCGCUCGCUCAUCAUGCCGAAGCGCCUGUUAUUCGCAUUGGACCAACCGUUCGCCACUUCGAUGACCGACGAAAACCUGUACCUUGUUGUCGUAGGCAAGAAACACCUGGAGAGACUAAGGAUUAGGGCCCUCUUUGGUUGGGGGCACAACUUUCCCUUUCGAGGCUCUCUUCUGGCGCGUUUUGAGUUAAGCCCAGAUGGUCUCGUUGUAUUCAUAAGGACUCUCAAGAUCAUUGAACCAAUUGUCUCUGCCAACACCACCACCGCUGCCAGAGUUGGGGGCGGUAAAGUCGUCGCUCCAGUAGAAGGUCAUCUUAUUUCUCGUCGAAUGUCAGACGGUGUCCUUCAUCCUUGGUCGCUCUCUCUGUCCGAAAAUAUCAAGGCUAGCGCUCUUCGACUGCUAAUUGAUCGCUAG